AAAGUUUACACUGCAGUGACCCGGAUUACAACUUUUGAGUUUGUGUCAGCAUAUAAGAACACUACUAGUCCACAAUAUAUAGAAUUUGCUGCAAACUUCACACGAGAGAUUGUAAAGAAUCUUCCAGCAAACUUCCAGAGUCUCAUUCAGUCAAAACAAAUGAUGGUGGUGAUAAAGAGCAUUCGCCAAGGGAGUGUGAUUGUUGAUUUCGACAUUGUUACAAACUCCAAUUUCUCGCUGGACACCACCGUCAUUCAGAAAACUUUCAUCGAAGCCCUUAACAGUUCGGCACUUGGAGUUGAUCUUAACCAAACAUCUGUGACAGAGGCGGAUGCUUGUAAGGAUGGCAGCAGUUCCUGCUCAGAGAACGCCACCUGCACUGCAUACAAUGGCACCUAUACCUGUGCUUGCAAGUCAGGAUUUACAGACCUAAGCCCCGAUGUUCCUGGGAGGGACUGUAAAGUGAAAAUCAUAACAACCAUGGCAGCACCAACAAAUAGCACUUCUGUGUCCAAUCCCACAAAACCUGCAACAGUUACAGUGACACCAGCAACUGUUACAUCUUCUUUCAAUCCCGCCAUGACUACAGGAACUGAUAAGUGCCAGCUCAAAUGCUCAUCGCUUGCUCAGUGCAUUGCUAAUCCGGGUGGCUACAAAUGCAUUUGCUACGACGGCCUGAUAGAUCAGAAUCCUUCAAAUCCCGGACGACUGUGUCAAGAUCCUGUUGAUUGCUUCAACGGGGGGAGUGAUCUCUGUUCACUUGGAAAUAACUGCCUGAAAUCCAAAUCAGUUUGCUCACGACAGAAUGUGUACAAGUGCACAGUUGUUCUGCAGUCAUGGAAAUUCAAUCCCGUUCUGUAUAACCCAGAGAGUGAUGCCUCGAUAGCGCUUUCUUUAAACAUCACCAUUACAAUUGUUAAUAAGAUGCGAUCCAUUCUGUCGGACAACACUUUCGACCUGACGAUAGUCGGCUUCCAGAAGGGAAGUGUGAAGGUGUACCUCGUGUCCGGGUUCGACGGCAGAAACGGAAGUGACGACAGCACGUUUCAGACCGCUCUGCAGGAUGUGGUUCAGCAGAACCUGGACAGCACAGCUAGUGUCGUUACAGAAAAAAUCCCUUCAGCACCGGCAGACGGAGGAGGCUGGCGGGUUGCCGUUAUCGUGAUCGGAGUUCUCUUCGGCUUUAUUUUGCUGGUUGGAGUGAUCUUUGUCAUAUUCUUCACAGCGAGGCGCACAGUAAAGAAAUGUGCCAAGUACCCUGUCCAGCAAGUAGGACGGAUUAGAAACUUGGUCCCUUUUGGAAAUAACGGGAGCUUUCUUUACCGGGAUGUGUAACUGGUUUCUUAUUCAUGACAUUUUUUUAAAUCUCAGGGACGUAAACAAAAAUAUAUAUACAUCUUCAUAACUGUCUAAAACAGGUUCUUUUUAAUUUUAAUUAACGGACUGUGCAGGUUAUUAUUUUUAGAAAACAACAUAAAUCAUAUGUUACAGGUAUUUUUAUUGCUAGUCUUUAAAUGUUUUAUUAUAAUCUUUUAGGUAAAAGCUGUGAUCACUCUAAACCCUAUACGUUUUAAAGGCUCUUCAUAUAUAUAAUACAGUAAUCAUUUUAUAUACAGUAUAUACAUUUUUCCCCAGCAUAUGCAAGGAUUAAGUGAAUGAUAAAGUAUCAUGGCUUUCUCUUGGCUAUUGUUUAAGGAAUUAUUUUAUUAAACGGAUUGCACUACUUUUAGAUGGCAUGAAAAAGGCAAUGAUUAAUCUACAUCGAUUUUACUGAUCUGGAAAAUGUGGUUUUCCUAACCAUACGGAUUUACAGCUGCAAGACAGAAACCACUUUUCAACAGUUUACCUACGUUUUUGAAAAUAAGGGGAGAGAUCUGAGAUAUGCACUUUAUCAAAUGGAAACAAAUAUAUUUAUCUAUUGUAUAUGUGUAUUUUUCUAUUAAAAAGCAGUUGAUUUAUGUGCUUGCUUUUAUAUGACUUAAAUUCAAGUUGAAAAUGAUAAGGCAUUCCUGUGUGAUAUUUGCAAAGAACAUUUAAAUAUUUGACCAAAUGAGUUUUCAUAAUCAGGCUAGAGAUAUUAAACAAAGGAUCACGUGGGUAUUUGGGUCAGAGAAAGAUUAGUGGCACUUAUACUGUACUUUGAUUAUACUGUGUUUUAAACUACAAUUUAACAGAGUCCUACCAUAUAAAUAAAGCAUAUCAGCAUUACAAUAAUAUAUUGAACUCCAUGUAACAAAUCCUGGGUUUCUACUGAAGUACCGUAAUUACCGGCUGCAGAGCAAGCCGUUUCUGCAGUUAAACCGUCUGUGACAAACUCAGUGAUUGUAAGAUUAAGAUUAUUUUUUUUUAGGGUGUUGGGGGAAACCUAGCUAGAAAGGGAAUGUUUUAUUGUUGUUGUUGUUGUUGUUGUUGUUUGGCGCGUCGUACGCAUGCAGUGUUGCUCAGGAGCGCAUGAAGCUGAAUGACUCUGACGUCAGGCGGUUUCUGCGCGCAGAUCAGGAAGUCUGCGCGAGGGGGAGCCAAAUCCGCCGACCCGAACAAACGCUUCAUCAGAUGGGCGACCAGUCGGCACCGCGGCACCAUUGAUCUCCUUUUUCUUUUAUUAUUAUUUUUUUUUUCAAAGCCGUGGUUCAAUAGAAGUUGAUGGGCGUUCUUGAGAAGCGUGUUUCUGGGUGUUCUGCUUUAGGAGCUAGGGGCUCCUGUCCCUACGGUGUUAGCAGGCGAGUUAUAAAGCUGAGCUCUGUAUCCAAUUAAGGGCAGAAAAUAAAAUCUUCGUGCCUCCUG